CUGUGAACCGAACCAGAAGUUCUAUCGAGUGAGCGACGACAUCGUGCUAAUUUAUUUUGAAAUUCCCUCAGAGGAAGCGGCCGUGUUUCAGUGAACUUGUCGGUCUUCCAACACUCUCUAGAGUCCGGACUCCUGGGGGUCAUGGUUCUCCUGAAGUCUCUCUGCCUUCUCCUCUGACCCUCCACGCGGAACCAACAUGCUGCUCGUGGGAAACGACUCCUUCGGCUCGCCUCGGCUCCUGGACUCCAACAACAGCUCCGAGCCGAUGGAGAACGGCGCGUCCGGGCCGGAGGCGACGGUGGUGCCCGUGGUGUUCGGGCUGAUCUUCGUGGUGGGGCUCGUGGGGAACUCUUUGGUCAUUGUGGUGAUCUGGAAGGUGAGGUCCAGCGUCGGGGGGGGAGGCGGGGGGCGGCGCACCGGCAGCCCCACCAACGUCUUCAUCCUGAACCUGAGCGUGGCGGACCUCAGCUUCCUCCUGUUCUGCGUCCCGUUCCAGGCCACCAUCUACUCCCUGCCGGAGUGGGUGUUCGGAGCCUUUCUCUGUAGCUUCGUCCACUACUUCUACACCGUCAGCAUGCUCGUCAGCAUCUUCACGCUCGUCGCCAUGUCCGUGGACCGGUACAUCGCCGUGGUGCGCUCCAAGAACUCCCCGUGCGUCCGGAGCCGGAGGAACGCGCUCUGCGGCGUGUGCGUCAUCUGGACACUGUCUCUGCUGUGCGCGGUACCGGUGGCGCAGCACUACGUCCUCACCAGUCACCCCAAAGCUCCCAAUUUGACGUUCUGCUGGGAGGACUGGUUCGGAGCCCCCAGGCUCUCGUACAAGGUGACCAUCCUGCUGAUCGGAUACCUGCUGCCGCUGCUUCUCAUCAGCUGCUGCUACGCAAAGGUUUUGUUUCAUCUUCAUAAGAAGAUGAAGAACAUGUCCAGGAAGUCAAAGAGCUCUAAGAGAAAGACGGCUCAGACCGUUCUCCUGGUCGUAGCUGCCUUCGCCAUCUGCUGGAUGCCCCAUCACGUCAUAGCCAUGUGGGUGGAGUCGGGCACCUUCCCCUUGAACAACGCGUCCUUCGCCUUUCGCCUCGUCUCCCACUGCUUGUCCUAUGGGAACUCCUGCGUCAACCCCGUCCUCUACGCUUUCCUGUCUGAGAACUUCCGGACGGCCUGUCGCCAAGUCUUCUCCCGCUGCUCCCUGUACCCGCCUCCACCCGAGGGGAAGGCCGCUCGCUUCCGCAUGGAGAACUUUUCCACCACACGCUCCACCACCAAUAUCUGAUGGAGGACCCAGGUCGCGUGACCGCAGGCGCGGCGUGAUUGGUUGCUGCUGAGUCGGCCUUGACUCACCUGUGUGUAAGGAAACACCAGUGGACAGAAACUGCUUCAUGCUUUGGGUGUUUGAACUACAGUAAGUGUGAGCUUUUACCCACUGGAUCAGCUUCACUUUGCAUUUUGCAUUUAUUUAUAGUUCCAGUCAGUUUAAGCUCUUUCUAGAUUUCACUGGAUCCGGCUGUGCCACAUACUGUAGCAUCUCCCUGAAGUUUACAGACGCUCCGUCGCUUGCUUCAGCUGUUUUCUGCAGUUUAAUAGUUUAAUGCCAUUGUUUAUUUAUGUUUUUCUUUGCUUCAGUUCAAACUUAAAGAACCAUUUGUGUUGUACAUAAUCACCUGCUACCAUCCAUUGUUUAUCAGGCCCAGUACUAGGAAGCUCAUCGUAUUAUGAUGAAUGUUCGAGGCGUCGGGAACUGGUCAAAGACAAACGUUAAAGACGAUGAACGGCUCCAGUGGAAUCUGGUGAUACAGUCACUUAGCAGAGCUGCAGACGAGUCUUUACGUUCCUCCUAUGUGUGAACAGCCAGUCUGUACUUUCAUUAUUAAACAAACCAGGGGCCAUGAUUUGUCUCCUCCUGUGUUUGUUUAGCAGGACUGACACCAGCGGCCUGAGAUCGAGUCCAGAGACUUUGGUUCAGGUCACAUAAUGCAUCUACAUGACUGAGCAGCACGUUACUUUAAACCUUGACAAAGGUUGAUUUGAUUGACUUUUAAAUGCCAGACAUUUGUUAUAUGUUGCAGAAAAUAUAGUUUUUACUGAUAAGUGAAAUAAAAUUGCCAAUAAAAUACACAAAUCUA